AUGGGCUUUUUUUGGGAUACAAAGUUUCAUGUAGAAUCCUGUUGUUCUGAUUCACCCACACCCUCAUCAUCACCAUUAUGGGCUAGUAUUGUUUCCAUUCUCAACUCACAUUCGAUAAAGAUAACGGGUAAAACGUUGGGAUUUCUAAAUCCACUACUCUACCAGAUGGCAAAAGAAUGUCCAAACUGUUUGAAAGAUAUAACAGUUGGAAAUAAUAAAUGUACUUCAACUAUAUGUACGAAUCAAUGUAAAGGUUUUCAAGCUGCAUGUGGCUGGGAUCCUGUUACAGGACUAGGAAGUCCAAAUAUUGGAAAUAUUUUGAAAAAUAUGGCCGCUCUAUCAAAGAAAAUCAGUCGAAAAAAAUAUCACUUAAUCUGUUUAAUUAUUUUUCCUCUUCUCUUACUUAUUUAUCAAUGUUGUUCUCUAUACAAUGAUUCUCCAGCGAUCACUCAACGAAAAAUUUAUUUGAAUUUCACUGAAUUAACAUCUGAUUUACGCGAAUAUUUCUCCAAUCCGAGUGCAAAUCUCACUGAAAAGUUAUUUCCAUGGAUUUAUUAUUCGCCGAACAAUCGAACAGUGAACGAUUUCAAGGGGGAAAAGAACAGUAAAGGAAUCGUGAUUUGCACAGGAAAUGAACAUUUCGGUGUCGCAUUAGUGGCAAUCAAAGCUUUGGAAAUCAUUGAAAAUGAAUUACCAAUCGAAGUCAUUUAUUCAACUUCAUCUGAUCUUUCUCAGGAAAAUCAAGACAUUCUAAGGAAAAAUUAUCCAAAUAUUCGCUUAAUUGAUCUAUCAACAAUGAGUUUUAAUGAUAAUUAUUUGAAAUUGCGAGGUUGGGAAAUCAAAUCAUAUGCUGUUUUAGCUUCUCAAUUCGAACAAGUUCUUCUAAUCGAUGCAGAUGUUCUAUUUUUUGAAAAACCGUCGAUCUUAUUUCAACAUGAAUUAUACAUUCAAACAGGAAGUUUAUUUUUCCAUGAUCGUCCAAUCAUCACAAAAGGUCAUAUUCAUUGGAUUGAAUCCUUCUCCAUACAAUCAAACCGAACAUAUCCUCAACGAACACAAGAAUCCGGUGUUGUUCUCAUCGACAAAUCUCGUCUUUUCUUCGGUCUUCUCGCUAUCUGUAAACUUAAUGAUUAUCACGAACGACAUCGAAUCACAUAUGAACAUUUGUAUGGCGAUAAAGAUACGUGGUGGAUUGGUUUACAUAUGAUGAAUCUAUCUUAUUCGUUUGUUCCAACUAUGACUGCGGGAAUCGGACAAAUAGGAAAGAAGAAGAAACAGACGAUCAUUUGUGGACAUCUGUUGCAUUACGAUGAACAGAAAACACUUCUUUGGUGGAAUGGUGGAAUUCUGAAAAAUCGAUCCCAGAACAAGAGAGAUUUGUUGAAUAUUGAGGCGUGGAAUGUAGAAGGACAAUGGAGAAUAGGAAUUUAUUCUUGUUUGUCAAAUAAUGAACAACAACCGAGAAAAUUCACUUCGAGACAACAGCAAUUAUUGAAUAGUUAUCAUCGAAUAACAACGGAGGUUUUUCAUAUUUAG